AGGGGCGCUUUGACGGAGCGCGCCUCCCGCACAGGUUUGUCCCUCGGCGGCGGCCGUCGAGGGCGGGCUAAGAUGGCGGCGGCCAGCUGAGUCCUCGUGUGCUGCGCUCCCGGUGCCGGUGCCCGCAGCCAUGUCGGGCCGCCAGGGCAACAAACUGCCCAGCAACCUGCCCCAGCUGCAGAACCUCAUCAAGCGCGACCCCACCUCCUACACCGAAGAGUUCCUGCAGCAGUACCACCACUACCAGUCCCAUGUGGAGAUCUUCACCUUCCAGCCGGACAAGCCCAGUAAGGAGCUGGCCGAGCUGCUGAUGUUCCUGGCGCAGGUUGCCCACUGCUACCCCGAGCACAUGGCCAGCUUCCCGCAGCAGCUGAAGGAGCUACUCUCCUACCACCACACGGUCCUGGACCCCGACCUGCGCAUGACCUUCUGUAAGGCUCUGAUCCUGUUGAGAAACAAGAAUCUAAUAAAUCCCACGAGUCUGCUGGAGCUCUUCUUUCAACUGCUGCGGUGCCACGAUAAGCUGCUACGAAAGACCUUGUACACUCACAUUGUGACGGACAUCAAGAACGUCAAUGCUAAACACAAGAACAACAAAGUGAACACAGCACUGCAGAACUUCAUGUACACCAUGUUGAGAGACAGCAAUCCCACUGCUGCCAAGAUAUCUCUGGAUGUGAUGAUAGAGCUUUACAGAAGGAAUAUUUGGAAUGAUGCCAAAACAGUCAAUGUCAUCACAACUGCCUGCUUUUCCAAAGUGACCAAGGUGUUAGUUGCUGGUUUGAAGUUCUUCCUUGGGAAAGAUGAGGAUGAGAAACAGGGCAGUGAGUCAGAGUCUGAGGAUGAUGGCCCCACAGCCAGAGAUCUGAUGAUGCGCUAUGCCACCAACAAGAAAACCACCAAGCGCAAGAAGAAACUGGAGAAAGCCAUGAAGGUCCUCAAGAAGCAGAAAAAGAAGAGCAAGCCAGAGGUGUUCAACUUCUCUGCCAUUCACUUGAUUCAUGAUCCCCAAGACUUUGCUGAGAAACUGCUGAAGCAGCUGGAGAACUGCAAGGAACGAUUUGAAGUGAAGAUGAUGCUCAUGGACCUAAUAUCCAGGCUUGUUGGAAUACAUGAGCUUUUUCUGUUUAAUUUCUACCCCUUUGUUCAGAGGUUCCUCCAGCCCCAUCAGAGGGAAGUGACAAAGAUUCUUCUGUUUGCUGCACAGGCUUCACAUCAGCUGGUACCACCUGAGAUUAUCCAGUCCGUGUUGAUGACCAUUGCCAACAACUUCGUCACAGACAAGAAUUCUGGGGAGGUCAUGACUGUAGGAAUCAACGCAAUAAAAGAAAUCACUGCGAGGUGUCCCUUGGCCAUGACUGAAGAUCUGCUCCAAGACCUUGUUCAGUACAAGACGCAUAAAAAUAAAAAUGUGAUGAUGUCUGCAAGAACUCUGAUCCACCUGUUCCGCUCUCUGAAUCCAGAGAUGCUGCAGAAAAAGUUCAGGGGUAAGCCUACCGAGGCCUCGGUGGAAGCUAGGAUUCAUGAAUAUGGAGAACUGGAUGCCAAAGACUACAUUCCAGGAGCAGAAGUACUGGAGGUUGAGGAUCAAAAGGAAAAGGGAGGAGCCCAAGAGGAAGAUGGCUGGGAAAGUGCUAGCCUGAGUGAGGAGGAGGACAAUGACGAUGGAGAAUGGAUUGAUGUGCAUCACUCCUCAGAUGAGGAGCAGCAACAAGUAGCAGAAAAAGUGAAAAGCAUGCCUGUAGAGGAACGAAAAGCCAAAGCUGCAGCAGUCAGUACAAGUAGGCUGCUAACUCAGGAAGACUUCAAGAAAAUACGUCUUGCCCAGCUUUCCAAAGAACUUAAUUCUGCACCUGGCAAAGCUGCAAAGCGGAAAUAUAUUGAAAUAGAUGAUGAGGAGGAGGAGGAGGGCAGGGGGGAGUUGCUUUCACUCAGAGAUAUUGAACAUCUGCAUAAGAAGCCCAAGUCAGACAAGGAGACCAGACUGGCAACUGCAAAGGCUGGAAAAACAGACAGAAAAGAAUUUGUGAAAAAGAAAACCAAAAUUAAUCCAUUUGCCAGCUCUUCCAACAAAGAAAAGCAAAAGAACAAGAACUUCAUGAUGAUGAGAUACAGCCAUAGUGUCCGGACCAAGAACAAGCGUUCCUUUAGGGAGAAACAGCUGGCUCUUAGAGAUGCACUUCUGAAAAAGAGAAAACAGCUGCUAAAAUGAAUGCUGGAGAGAGCUUCAUCACCCUUGGAGAAAUCACCCUGGAGAUGCUGAUUUGCACCCACCAUCACCCUGAGGGAAAGGAGGACUGUGGUGCCUUAUGGAUUUAGCUCUGAUCUGUUUGGAAAUGCAAAUGGAGCUCUUGCAAGCUGAUGGAUACUGCAUCAAUAGGACACAGGCCUUAAUCCAUGGUGGAUUUGAAUCUGUUUUUAAAGCAUUCUAGGGAAGAAGGCAAUUAUAUUUUUAUUUCAUGUAAUUUACUUAUGUAUGUGUAAGUAUUAAAAUACACAACUGUAUGGUAAAAAUUCUACUUGAUGCAAUUAAUGACUAAGCAACAGAAAGAAAAAAAGAAAAAAAAAGAAAAAAGAAUUCUCUGCUCAGUCUGUAAAGCAUGUGGAUAUAGUUAGUGUCUGUGCCUGUCUUAGGUGAGUGACUGUACAGAUGGAGUGAACUGUUGUCUGAGCAGCUGGCUUUGACCAAUUUAAUAAUACCAACUUAAUCUGUGAUGCAGGUAAAAUUAAUUCAAGUGUUGUGGGGAAGAACAGUUCAUUACAGCUUACUGGGAAAAGAAAAAUACAGGUAGUGUAUUGGGAGAUGGGUUUUUUUGUUGCCAUUUAAAUACAAAAAUAGCAUCACAUAACAGAGAAAAAAGGAAUAUUUUCCUAUAGUGGUGUGCCUUCUGGUGGGACUUGCCAAUGUGUCUUGGCAAGUACCUGCAAAAAUCAUGUGGGUGUAUGGAUUCUCUGUCUAAGGUUGAACUUGUGCUUUAGUGUCUAACUCUGUUGGGACCAUUAAUGGAUUUUUUGUACCUUCUCCAGCCACCUGUUUUAAUGGAGUUGAUAAACUAUUUAUAACUUUAGUUAUUUAUACUGUCCUUUUUCAAAGUCUGAUAGAAAGGGAUUUCUUUGUGGUGCAGAAACAGGUGCCACAUGCACAGUACAAUGGAAAUGCAUUCAGUGGGGGUGCUUUUUUCCAUUCUGUUUAGGGAGCCAGAUUAAUGUUCAUAUCCCAUGUGGGAAUUCACUUAGCUAUUUGUUUAAUAUGUAUUUGUGAUAACUUUC